AUGAUGAUCAAAACACUUCUCUUGGCUCUUCUUCUUCUGGGAACCUCUUCGAAAAUCUUAGAAAAUGCCGGCAAAGCGAUAAUAGGUGCAGUCGGGGAUGUGCAAGAAGAAUCCAUACCACUUCCGUUCGGAACCCCUGAAGAGUUCCUUGUCGAAGUUAAUCAGGCAAGACGAGAUUAUGCAAGAGAAAAUAAUAUUCCAAAUAUGCGUCAGCUGGUUUGGAGCGAAGAUCUCGUUAAAAUCGCUGAAAAACUUGAUAUGGAGGUCAACUGGCCGGAAGCUCGUGUCUCCUGGCGUUAUUGUAAUCUUGAUCGUUAUUAUGGAAUUGCCGUGACCAUUCGUAACCGGAUGGCUUUUCACAAGAUGAUGCCAAAAGAGGAGACACUGAAAUUUGCGACCACAUUUACAUUGGACACUCAGGAGCUGCUGGUUCCAAUGCAAGCGAAGAUUGGAUGUGUGAAGAAAGGCGAAGGAGUACUUUGUCUUCUUGGUCCAACAGGAUCAUACUGGUACCCGGAAGGUUCUGUUCGUACUGAGGGCCCGCCUGGAUCGGAUUGCGGAGAAGGAUACACAAACAAUGAUGGUCUGUGUGUUGUUUCGUCUGGAAUCAAAUCAGAUGAAGAAAACGGAAAAGGAGAAAUUUCUGAAUCAGCAGCACCUGAUCUUCUUUAUGUGGUCGUUUUGCUUAUGGCUUAUUUUCUAUAG